ACAGCAAAAUGGAAGGAGUUAGAAAUUCAAGGCUGGGGAGGAUUCAUUUUAAAGGAGAAACUAAAGAUGACAAAGGAUUUUCUCCGAGUGUGAUCAAAGUCCAAUAUACAGGAAGUGGACAAAAAAAUUGAGCAGUCCAGGGAGGAGAUAAACAGAGUUGAUGGCAAAGGAGAAACAAGCAACUUGUCAAAUGAAGAUAUUAUUUUCAGGAGCUCUCACUACACUGAGUUGUUAAAGAAUGUGUAGUUGAAAGAAGAGAUGGCUCAACAGAAAGCACGGAAAACUUGGUUGAAAACAGGAGAUGCUAACACCAGUUUUUUCCACAAAUGCAUUAGAGGGAAAUGGCGUAGAAACAAAAUAAAUGUAAUUUCUGUAGAAGGCAAAGAGCUGAGACAAGUUGAAGACAUAAAGCAGGGUCUUAUGAAGUAUUUUGCAAACUUAUUCACUGAUAAGGGAUGGCAAAGACCGACUUUAGAGGGGCUGAGCUUCAAAUCUAUUUCAGAGAAAGACAGAGGCAUGCUCAUUGAACCUUUUACAGAAGAAGAGUUAAAAGUUGUAGUAUGGAAUUGUGACAGCACCAAAGCACCGAGUUCGGAUGGUUUUACUUUCGGCUUUAUAAAAAAUGAAUGGAAGGUGAUUAAAGCAGAUAUCAUGGACUACGUCAUGGAUUUUCACACAAAUGGAAGGAUGGGGAGAAUCAAUCUGCUUUCAUUGAAGGAAGACAACUGGUUGACAGUGUUGUUGUUGCAAAUGAGGGCAAUUGAUGAGGUGAGGAAGAGGAAGUCCCAGUGUUUUGUAUUCAAGAUUGAUUUCGAAAAGGCAUAUGAUAAGGUGAGCUGGUCUUUUCUGGACUACAUGAUGGAGAAAAUGGGUUUCGACAAAGUAUGGCGGGAGUGGAUUGCUGAAUGUUUAAGAUCAAAUACUGUGUCCGUGUUAGUUAAUGGAAGUGCUACCAAAGAGUUCUCGAUGUCAAGAGGGCUUCGACAAGGAGAUCCACUAUCUCCAUUUUUGUUCUUAAUGGUGGCAGAAGCUCUAAAUGGACUAACUUCGGCAGCAGUAGCAAAGGGUUAUCUUUAUGGAGUAAAAAUAGGAGAUGGGGAGUUAGAGAUCAGCCAUCUACAAUUUGCAGAUGACACAAUCUUUAUGGGAGAGGUAACCGAAGACAACAUAUGGAUGAUUAAAUGCAUCAUGAGGGCAUUUGAAUUGGUGUCAAGUCUGAAGGUAAUUUGUGAGCUUGAUAAAAUUAGGAGAAAUUUCUUAUGGGGAGGAGUUGGGGAAGGUAGAAAGAUAGCUUGGGUAGCUUGGGACAGGACAAAAACUGCAGCAUCUAUGAUCGAGGUCAUUGGUCUAAUGGAUGCUGGUGCUAGAGAUUCCAAUGGAGAAGAUCAAUUAGAGAAUGGGAGGAGGAAAAACUACAAUAAUUGAUUGGGACCAUAAAUCACAUAAAACUAG